GACUUUGUUCUACAUUAUACUACUCUGGCGUCCCAUAUGUCAGAUACUAACCCAACUCAGUUACCACAAGAUGACGACCUCUCUAACACCAACAGCGGAGUAAUGCUCAGCCAUGUGACCAUAGGAAUAUUCUUCUUGCUAUAAGACAAGUUCUUCAUUCAGACUGUGUUCAUUGAUCUUCUUCACUUGAUACUUGAUACUUUCUUCCCUGUACUAUCUUUUGAUUAUUGAUUCUGUGCAAGAGUUCACUGGGAUAAAAAAUGGAUCCCCCCAUAAGGAAGACUUUUGCUGGGUCUCGUCGAGUUUUUUCGUUUUCCAUCAUCAUCUGGGUGUUCUUGGCGGUGUUGGUUUCGUCAAGCGAAUACAAAUGUGACUUUAAGGCAAUCUUCAAUUUUGGAGACUCCAAUUCUGACACAGGUGGCUUUUGGGCUGCUUUUCCGGCGGAGUCCGGUCCCUUUGGUAUGACGUACUUCAAGAAACCCUCCGGUCGGGCUGCGGAUGGACGGCUUAUAGUGGAUUUCUUGGCUCAAGCUCUGGGGCUGCCAUUUAUAAGCCCAUAUCUUCAGUCUAUCGGAUCAGAUUUCAGGCAUGGUGCCAACUUUGCAACAUUGGCAUCUACAGUGCUAUUGCCAAAUACUUCCCUCUUCGUGACCGGGAUUAGUCCUUUCUCUCUGGCCAUUCAGCUUAAUCAAAUCAAGGCAUUCAAGGCUAGAGUUGAUGAAAAGGCUCCAGGUCCCCUUCCAUCCCCUGAUAUAUUUGGGAAAUCACUCUACACACUGUACAUUGGCCAAAACGACUUCACCUCCAACUUGAAAUCCAUUGGUAUAGCUGGUGUGAAAGAAUAUCUUCCUCAGGUGGUCGCUCAAAUUGCUGCAACUGUCCAGGAGCUAUAUGGCUUAGGAGGACGGACUUUCCUGGUGCUUAAUAUUGCACCAGUCGGAUGCUACCCAGCUUUUCUGGUACAGCUUCCUCACAACAGCUCCGACUUGGACAUGUAUGGUUGCAUGGUUUCAUACAACAAUGCUGUGAUGGACUACAAUAACAUGCUGAAGAAUGCCCUCACUCAGACUCGCAGAGCUCUUCCAGAUGCAUCCGUCAUAUAUGUGGACAUAUAUUCAAUUAUGCUAGAGCUUUUCAGGCAUCCCAAAUCUCAUGGGUUAAUUUAUGGAACUAAAGCUUGUUGUGGAUAUGGGGGUGGUGAUUACAAUUUUAAUCCUCAAGUUUACUGUGGAAACAGCAGGAUAAUUAAUGGGAGCACUGUAAAAGCAACAGCUUGUGAAGACCCAUACAACUAUGUGAGCUGGGAUGGGAUUCAUGCAACUGAAGCUGCAAAUAAGCUUGUAACAUUGGCCAUUCUUAAUGGUUCCUAUUUCGACCCUCCUUUUCCCAUUCACCAGCUCUGUGAUUUACAACCAAUAGGUUAAUCUGGCUCCCCAUUCUUAAUAACUAAUCAAAAUCCUUUAAACCCCUUCUCUCCAGGAAUCCUCAGUGUAGUAUUAAUUUUAUGUACAAUGUACAGAACCAAUAAAAUAAAUGCAUAAUAAAGCAAAGUGUUUGCCCCAUUUUCAUAAAA